AUGCCAACCCAGGCUCUGCUGCCCAUCCUCCUUCUCUGUGUCCUGCUGCUGCAAGCCCAGGGAGGGCACCUUAGGAGGAACAAGAUGAAGAAUGCCGCCAAGGCCUGUCAGAAGCAGCCCAGUGUACAACAUUGUAGCAACCACUGUUCAUAUUUCCUAAAGUGUCCCAAUUCAGAUACCGUCUGCUGUUCAACCUUCUGCGGGAACGUCUGCAUGGAUCUCCUGUGA